CCCCCCUCGUCGGGCCCGCCUCUGUUUGUUGCCUGCGCAGUCGUGCACGAGCAGAGCAGCCGCUGCGACGCACGAACACAGAGCGACCGGAGAGGAGGAGGAAGAGGAAGAGCAGCAGCAGCAGGAGGAAGAGGAAGAGGAAGAGGAAGAGGCUCAGAUGCACUGGCUUUGCGAGUUGACUUGAUGACAGCGCCCUCAGGAGGUGGGAUGAGCGUCUGCAGAAGCUCCAGCCUGUGACCAGUAGCUCUGUUAAAAAGCACCAGUGUAGAGCUCGGAGCAGGGACUGGUUUCCAGUAUGGAGGGCGUAGCCGUGCAGAACCUGAUAGACUUCGACCUUCCCUCCGAGGCCACAGCUCUGAGCGGAGACGGAGGCCGACACGAAGGCCUCACAGACAUUUUCUCCCCAGAGCCGGUGUCUUCCACCGGAUUCCAUCAGCAGCCGUUACUACCAGAGCCCAUGGCACCAACCAAGUCUGUCCACCACCACCACCACCACCACCACCACCACCCAGAGGAAGGAGACAGCGACGCGACGGAGUCGGCGGACAGCGAGAACGACAUGGACCCGCCCUCUCUGCUGAGGAGGUCGUCGUCGUCUUCUGCUCACAGUCGGGAGGACGCCGACGCCGAGACGCUGGAGGGGAGGCAGUUCAUGAAGGCGUAUGUGGAGAAGGUGUUUCACGGAAAGGACGACUUUGACCAGGAGGAAAAGGCUCGUUUUGGGGAACUGUGCAGUGGAGAGACGAGCAAAGGCCGAGAGUGGUUCGCCAAAUACGUCAGCGCCCAGCGCUGCCAUUCCAAGUGUGUGAGUGAAGCCACCUUCUACAGGCUGGUGCAGUCGUUUGCAGUCGUUCUGUUUGAAUGUUUCCAGAUGGACGACUACAGUCCAGCUAAGAACCUCAUGACCAUGUGCUUCACAUACUACUACGUAGGGAAGUCUCAGCCGUCUCCGUCGGAGCUGCUGGAUCGCGGCGGUCCUCCAGCUGCGAUGGACUUGUACAUCAACAAGGCCAACUCGUGGCUGACGGGGAAAAAGGACGCCGCCGAGCGCCUCCUGAAGAACACGUCUAAGACUGACGUCAAAGGUUUCUUCGGAGGCCUGGAGAGCAAACUCAGGAGCUCGAUGGCUCCAAAGACUGAAGACGAGGAAAGCCCUGUGGAGAUGAAGCCCAGAUCACCAGUGUCUGAAGGUCCAGAGGAGAAGAGAGGGGAGAAGGUUUAUCUGUACGGUCACCUGAAGCAGCAGCCCAUCUGGCACACGCUGAGGUUCUGGAACGCUGCGUUCUUUGAUGCGGUUCAUUGUGAGAGGAAGAAGAGAUCACCGACCACCAGGGGAACGCAGGAUGAAGAGAAAGACGAGAGAGAGAAGUGGUGUCACAUGACCCAGGAGGAGCGAGACGACACCUCCAAGAUGGACGAGAACAUCGCCUUCGGGCAGCUGGGGACAUUCACUCACAACAUGCUGGCGUUCGGCCUCAGUAAGAAGCUGUGUAACGACUUCCUGAAGAAACAGGCGGUCAUUGGAAACCUGAACGAAGAACAGAACAAGUUGCUGAGCGACCACAUAGAGAAAAUGGCGGCAGAGUGAGGACGACGGGUUCUGACACGUGAAAAACACCGAAAGUUUCCUCUCAACUAAUUAUCGUGACCAACUCUGCGUUUGACUGUUGUUGCAUUUGUGUGGUUUCCUGCCAAGACGCAGCGUCUGUACUGAACUGUGUCGUCGUCGUAGCAACGCUGUGCGUCCAGCUCCUCUGCAUCCGGUGUCAGCAGAAACACCACAUCGUCAGCUGGUGCAUGAUUUCAUCGGUAAAACGUCGCCGUCUGUGACCCGCUUUUAACAAGUGAAGUGAAACCAGUGCAUAUAGAAGCUCAACGGCGACAGUAUUAGAUUAUACAUCUACGUUUUAUCGUGUGUGUCCAUGGUAAAUAUAUUUAUUACAUGUUAGAGAAAUACUGUGUUAAGUAUAAAAUAUUCUUCUGCCUUUGUUCAUCUACAUACAGUUCAAACCUGACACCUGGCUCGUAGUGUUUUAAUCGUCUGAUCAUAAAACUCAACACUCUUAGAAUCAUCUGCAGUGAAAUAUGAUUCUAUUUAGAAACACACAAAACAGCUUUGACAAAACUCCUGUAACAUUGAUAAUAUCCCUUCAUGCCUUCUCCUGGAUUGAGAGAACAUGAUUAUUUGUUUCCUUGCUCCGGGUUAAACACGUAGAACGUAGGCUAAAUAUGAAGCUACAGCAAGCGGAGGGUUAGCUUAGCUUAGCAUAAAGGCUGGAAACCCCCAACCAAAGAAGCAUCAUGUGCUUCCUAGAACCUCCACAGCUCACUGAUGUGUUUAAUCUGCACAAAGAGCUUCCCAGUGAGCGGGUGGACGCGUGGACGAGGUUUCUAACACGUGACGGACGUGAAACUGGAAGAACACAAACAUCUCAGGAUGAAGAAGAGGAGCCGUACACGACGAAGACGAAGAUGUCCACUUGGAAAGUUAUGCUAAGCUAAAGCUAACAGCCUGUUGGUCGUAGCUUCAUAUUAGACAAACUGCUUCAUCCUCAUAUCUUCCACUUUCCCUCUGGUUAGUGUUUAUAGUCCGGAGGUUGUAAUUUAACGGUAACUUGACAUCAGGAAACAUCAACCAUCCAAAGUGCCUUCCAGGAAAGUUAAUGUCCUUGGUCUUACUUCUUUGAUGCUUCCUUUGAUCACACGACUAAACACUAAUGCAGAGCCGGCAGAUAUUUUCACCUCUUCCACAACCGCUGCAUGAAAUACAUUCACUGUAGUGUUGUGUAGUUUAUUGUCAUUGUUGUUGAGUUGUGUCACCAACAGCAGAGCAUGUUCCCCUGGAUGAAACUCCAGCCCUCCUGCACACGCGUGUUUCUAAAUACUCUGCAUGUGCAUCAAUCUGUGAAUCUGUGGAAACGGCAUCGAGCAAAUGUAAAAAUGACUGAAGCUGUGAUUAGUUGUGUUACUUCAUCCAACCACUGCAGGGCAGCAAACCUCUUCUUCUCGGUGAGAGAAUCCUGAAAGAAGAAUAUAUUAUCGAGGCUCCACCUGUCGGGUUCACUCACGUUUAAGAAAUUUGGAUCCAUUUUGUAAAUACUGUAUAUAUUUUUCUGUGUGUUGUACAAAUGAAUCACGUGCUGCUGUUUGUGAAAUGUGGUUAGUCGUUAAUUGCAGAUGUGAUAGAUGUAAUUGUGUAGUAAUGACUCUGAAGGUCCCACACACUCUUUUAUUCUCUGGUGUGAAUGUGCAGAUUCCUUCACAUCCUGAGCGAUGAGUGUUCAGCUUUGAAGUGUUUGUUGAAGUGUCCCUUUGCAUCUCUAAGCUGAAGUAUUGAUCUGUGUAUUGUACUUAUUAGCUCAGCAUGAGCUGUUUGCACUACGUCCCCCCCCUCCUUGAGGCUGUGUUUGUUCUGCACGGCCCUGACUCGUCCUUUUUCAAAUCUUCAUGGGAGUUUGCCUGAAGGAAAAUGCCUUUUUUGUUUUUUUACCAUAUUGCUUUUGUGUAAAGUAUCAAGUGAAUCAUUAAAGGAGUUUGUUGUGUUGAUGAACUCCGUGUCGUCCACGUCGAGGUUGGACACUACGCCAGGUGAUGGCGGUUGGUGUUUCCUUUACAUGUUUGCUCAGGAUUUAAGCCUAAACAAGUGUUUCAUCAGAAUUUAUUCUACGUUUAAGGAAAAUAGUUUAUUUUCCCAACAGCCUCGUCUUCGUCGUCAGUCCUUUGAACUUCCUGCGUUACGUCACCUGCCUGCUAGCUUGUUCACCGCGUGGUGUCUCAGACAGUUGGUCACAUGACUUCCCUUCAGCCUAACGUGAUCCAUGUGAAGGCAGCAGUCCUAAAGGGUUCCUGGAGGGAUUGUGUAUCAUCUGAACGUGUGUUACACAGUUUGUAUUGUGCUCUUCUUACACUUGCAUGACCACAUUGUCGUACUGUUGUUAAUAAUAAAGAAUGUGUUCAAUUCA